AUGCGGGACUUUAGCACUUUCCUCCAAGGAAAGCCGACACUGCCGUCUCUAUGGACUGGUAACAUCAACUUCGCCAAGCUUAAUCCUAUUCCUCACCGAUAUCGACCCAGUCGAGCAAAAAGGAAUCAGAAGAAGCGCGCAUCCGGGAACUACACCGGCGCCGAGGACGUGACCUCGCUACAAAAAUCACUGAACCCUCUCGACACAUUACGGAAAUUGCGAAAUCACAAGUGGCGCCUCCUCGACCUGCAGUACACGAUCCUCAUCGCCUUGAUCAUUUUCUCGCUCUGCAUUACGCCUUCAGCGCCGCUUAUCAAGACACUCGCCGUCACUGGAGGCCUCCUGCUUUUGACGGUUCCUGUCACCAGCCAGUUCUUCUUCCCCGGACUGAGUAUAUGGACCUACCUCAUCUAUUUCUUUUGUAGCCGCUUCAUCGAUGCGAAAUACCGCCCCCAUAUCUGGGUCCGCGUCCUCCCCGCUCUCGAGAACGUCCUCUACGGUGCCAACUUGUCCAACAUCCUAUCUGCUCACACCCACCCGGUCCUCGACAUUCUCGCCUGGAUUCCGUACGGUCUGGGCCACUUUGGCGCUCCCUUCAUCUGCGCUGGCUUCCUGUUCCUCUUCGCCGCGCCCAAGACGCUCCCCAUUUUCGGCAAGUGCUUUGGCUGGCUGAACGUUCUCGGUGUUACCAUCCAGCUCGUCUUCCCCUGCACUCCUCCGUGGUAUGAGAAUGAGCAUGGCCUCGCCCCGGCUGCGUACGGCAUGUCCGGAUCCCCUGCGGGUCUGGCCCGCAUUGACGCCAUUCUCGGCAUCGACAUGUACACGACCAGCUUCUCGACUGCCCCGGUACCCUUCGGCGCUUUCCCGUCGCUACACGCUGCGGAUGCAGUCAUGGAGGCUCUCAUUUUGAGCUACUGCUUCCCCCGGUUCCGGCCUCUCUUCGUCAUCUACGUCGCAUGGAUUUGGUGGGCGACCAUGUACCUCAACCACCACUACGCGGUCGAUCUGGUCGGUGGCUCGCUCCUUUCCGCCGGAAUUUUCUACUUUGCCAAGGCUCGAUAUCUGCCUCAGCAGCAGGCUGACAAGAAGACUCGUUGGGAGUACGACUACGUUGAGAUUGGCGAGCAGACCAAGGUCUUCGAUGAGGAGUAUGGACGGAUGUACAACAUGGGAUAUCUGCAGCGCCGCGGCAGCUCCGACAGCGAUGAGUGGACAGUUGGCAGCAGUUCUAGUUACAGCACAUCGAGCCGGGGCAGCGGAAGCUUGAGCCCCGCCCUUUCCGAAGAAUCCGGUCGCAGCAUCUUCAGCAUCGAGAUCAGACCCGACAGCGACAGAUACGAGAUUCCCCAGCUCACAGAAGUGGCUGUUCGGUAA